AUGGGUGAGCAGGGACCUUUGAGUUCCCGGCCUAGCUGUCCUUGCCAGAUCUGCUUGAUCUGGCGGCGCCUGGGUGAAGAAGUUCACCUGGGCCAUAGCUGCCAGAGCUUCAAGGACAUCGCCCCCGAGCACCUUCGCGAGGCGUUCAACAAGGUCCUCGACGCGAGAGAGGCCUUGGACAAGAGCCGCAAGUCUGCGUUGAGUCCAGCGGAGUUUGCACAGGGCCUGAGCAUGCACGGGGUGAACCUGAAGCCUGAGGAGAUGCAGGAGAUUGGAUACAGUUCCCUGCUUCUGUUCGUGAAACAGAUUGCAGUGUACGUUUGCCAAAAAUGCCUGAUGGACUCGCGAGCAGAGCCAGUGAAAGCGGCAAUCGUCAGCAAAGGAGUUCGAGCAUUGCUUCAGCCCAAAGAGAAGAAACAAGAGUUCGUUUCCGUCCCUCGGCUGUACCACGGAGAAUUGGCCAAUCAAAAGGCUGCAUGUCAGGACGACGACUGUUCCACCUGCGCACCGAGUCCUGGAUUUAGCUCAGGCGGAGACGUCGACGUCCAGUGGCGCCCAGAUGGCGUUCUAUGCUAUCCUUCGCCCCUGCCAUCCCUUCCCAUCUCGAAGUUCGAAAGGUCGGCAGCACGACCUCAAGAGUUGUUCGAAGAUGCCUGGUGGCCCAUGGAUCACCUUUUCUGGGCAGUUCCUGGUUUGGGUUCUCUGAGUCUCAGCAACUUUGGUCGACCAGAGAUGAACUUACGACAUAUCCAGGAUUCCUUUGUCCCUGGCAUCGAAGAGGAUGAUGGCUUUCAGACGCCACGUGUGGCACGCGAACCGACCACUCCCCCAGGGGCACCCAAGAAAGCCGCAGCUCCACCCUUGAUGAAGGUUCUGCAAGCGAAUACAGACAGUGCUGAAACUUGCAGGGCUCUUCAGGCACUUUUGGUGGAAGACCCUGAGGUCCCACGUUUUCCAUUCUUCGAGCAUUCCAUGGAGCCGCCACUGGUGUGCGCAGCCAAAGCCUUCUGCAGUGCAGAGGUCAUGCAACUCCUGAUCCAGCAUGGAGCUGAUGUGAAGCUUCGGGAUUCCAUGGGCAACAGCGCCGCCGACAUCAUCAGCCAGAGGCUGGAAAGAAUGGCUGGGAUUCAUCCAGCGAAAGUAACAGAUCAAGAGGCCUUGAAGGUCUUGAAGGAUGCAGGCGCAGAGCUGCCCAGGAAUGAGCUUUCCCAGAAAUUCGACUGUCUUUUCUGUGCUCCCAUGGCGGCUCCCACCAACCUCGAAGAGUUGGCCCUAUGGCUGCGCUGAGCCGGAACCAGCCGCAACCGGGCCGGGCACAGCGAGCUCCACCCGUGACAGAUGCGCAGAUGUAUUGUUU